AUGCCAUCGAUGAGCGAUCUCAGCCACUACACACUGCCUUCGCAUACUCUACCACCGGGGGUGCCAAGCAUUGGCGGCGGAAGUCAGGAAGCCAUAUACCGACAUCGUGCGUUGCCCCCGCCGACCUCGUUCGAUUUCUACUCCCCCAUGGCGUCGUCGUGCUCGGCCGAAUUCCAAGCCCGACCGCAUUCGCUUUCCAACACGAACCCACUUGCUUUGCUCAACUUCGGCUCGUCUUCGACUCUUGCUCGAUCGGGUUACAGCAUCGGCACAAGCCAUUCGGGGCCAACUGCGACUAGUCAUCCGAGCUACCAGCCUGGUUCAGCUUUGAUGGACGGGCCCUCGAAUAGCUCCUUCGAACAUAACGGACACCCCUCGGGUCCGUUCUUCCUUCCGCCGAACGACUCUUCGCGGCCUUUCGGCAGCAGCCUCUUCAACGCCAAUUCGUCCUUGCACCUCCCUACUCCCGGGUUCUCGCAGUCGUCAACACGCAGUACCAGCGGCCUUCUUUCUUCUCCUACUUCGGCGACGAUACCAAGGUCGACGCCGACGGGUCCCCAAACACCCGGUCAGCCUUACUAUUACCCCCCGGGAUGGUCGAUGGGACCUCAGUCACAGACCCCACCGUCCAAUCAGAUCUCCCUGCCUGCACGCGUUGCGGCCCCCGGUGCUGUCAGCUCUACGGGCAAUUGCUCAGCGGCGACCGCUUCGGAUGUCGAAUGGUCGAACAUGUUGGCCGCUACGACUCGAGCUGCGCAGUCCAGUCCAGAGCAUUCAGAGGCUCAAGUACCGGAUAAGCCCCACUCGGAGCGACCUCAGACUCCUUUGUCUAGCCCUACCCAAGUGCACGCCGCAGGGGCCGGUCAGACCGAAGCGACCCAUCGCUCGUCUCACCCAUCACCCACCGCUUCCCCUCCAUAA